AAUCGAGCGUAAAUUUAAUGAUUCAUGUUAUCAGUUGGAAAACCAGUCACAGUCGUCAUUUGAUCACAUGAUCUAGCGCCAUUUUGUUCUGAGGGUGGACCUUUUGGUUGAAACUUUGAUCUCUCUUGGAAAUAUUAUUACAAAGAUCUGUGACAAAGAAGCAUGGCUUCAAGGAAAAAGGUUUUGUUGAAAGUGAUUAUACUAGGAGACAGUGGUGUUGGAAAGACAUCACUUAUGAACCAGUAUGUGAAUAAGAAGUUCAGUAACCAGUACAAAGCUACGAUAGGUGCAGACUUCCUCACCAAGGAGGUGAUGGUAGAUGAUAGACUUGUAACAAUGCAGAUAUGGGAUACUGCAGGACAAGAAAGAUUUCAGAGUUUAGGAGUGGCAUUUUACCGUGGAGCAGAUUGUUGUGUACUUGUGUUUGAUGUGACAAUGCCAAACACAUUCAAGUCCCUUGACAGCUGGAGAGAUGAGUUUUUGAUACAGGCCAGUCCCAGGGAUCCUGAAAACUUCCCGUUUGUUGUCAUAGGAAACAAAAUUGAUUUGGAAAAUAGGGCGGUAUCAGCAAAGAGAGCACAAGGUUGGUGUCAUUCAAAGGGAGAUAUACCAUACUUUGAGACCAGUGCAAAAGAAGCUAUCAACGUGGAACAAGCUUUCCAAACUGUUGCCAAGAAUGCGCUUUCCCAAGAAACCGAAGUAGAGCUGUACAACGAGUUUCCUGACCAGAUAAAAUUGAACAAUGAUCAGGGAAAACAAAAUCAAGGAGGCUGUGGGUGUUGAUAGGAAUACCAAGGACUGUGUUAUAUCUUCUUUUUUUUCAAACCAGUAUGCUCUAUAAGACUUUAUUUUAACAAAAAGUAGUUCAGAUGGCACUGGAAAAAUGCCAAAUAUUUCUUUUAAACAUUCACUAAGGAUUGAAGUAUGAAGCCGUAACUGUUAAUUGAUAGUGUUGUUGUUGAAAUUAAAGUUUGUAGCCAUCUUAGAAUGUACGAUAUUUGGUUGUUUAUAAUAUUAAGAACUGAAUUUGUGCAGAAAAUCAUUUAUUAUAAGAAUAAAACAGAUGUGCUGUCUCGGUAAAAGGUAAAUAGAUUUAAGCAUUACUUAUACAUAUUUCUUUUAAAGGAUUAGACUUAUUUACAGACAUAUAAGAGAGAGCGUUAUAUUGGAGAUAUUUUAUAGCGAAAAACAAGUCGAUUUUUUUUUUCUUGACAUAUUUUGUAAUAUUCAUCUAGAGUCAUUGGCAGAUUUAUCUGUAUAUUUGUGUGAAGUCCUAUAUGUUUAUAGAAAUAAAAGUCAAAGAUAUUUAUUGUCCAUAAUUAACCAUUCAAAUACUAAUAUGUGAAAUUCAUUUUUGUAUUCCUUUUUUUUUC